CUCUGUUGAGGCGUUGCUUGGCAUGAUUACUAUAAAGCAAGUGAUACCUUGAACAGGUGUGUCAUAGCUCAGGGGAGCACUCUUUACUACAAACAGAGGCAUUCAGAUAAUCAGGGACAGAAAAGAAAUCACAUUUAGACAGAGGAAACUUUCAACUUUCACCUGGAGGAUUUGGAAAGAAGAAGGAGACAUGCAUUCAUUUGCCUCUUUCUUUGGCUCAUCAAAAUCAAAUUCUAGCCCUCCACCUUCCAAACAAUUUGACAGAGAAUGGAGGAGUGUAAACUGGGAUGGGAGAGAUCAACUCGAAGCAGAUCUGAGAGAAUUUAAAAUCCGUCAUCCAGAGAUCACCCAUCUGAGAAUCCUUCUUCACGGAGCAGUUGGUGCUGGAAAAUCCAGCUUUAUCAACUCAGCUAAAAGUGUCUUUCAACACCGUGUAAUGACCAGAGCCGGGGCAGCAUCGAGUUCGAGCACGAGUCAUACAAAACGAUACAAAAGCUACAGAAUCAGGGAUGGAAAAAAUAGCACCCUACCAUUUAUCUUUAAUGAUAUCAUGGGACUACAAGAUACGGGGACACCUGGAAUCCACUCUGGUGACAUCACUAAUGCUAUGCUGGGCCACGUGAAAGAGAACUAUCCUUUUAAUCCUACGUGUCCUUUAAGAGAUGGUGAUGCAGGGUACAUUAGCUGCCCCACUCUGAAUGAUAAAGUUCACUGUCUGGUGAGCGUUAUAUCAGCAAAAACCAUCUCUAACAUGCAUAAUGCAGUCAUCAGAAGCAUGAAAGAUGUUAGGGAAAAGGCCAGUGACCUUGGUAUCCCUCAAGUGGUCAUCUUGACACACAUUGAUGAGCUCUGUCCACUGGUUCAGAAAAACUUGAGAGAUGUCUACAUCAGCAAGAAAAUUAAAGAAAAGAUGUCUGCAUGCAGUGACUUACUGGGAAUCCCAAUGAACUGCAUCUUUCCUGUAAAGAACUACCACGAAGAGUCUGACACCAAUAAUGACGCUGACGUCCUGGUUCUUUUGGCUCUGAGGCAAAUCUUCAAUUUUGCUAAUGAUUAUGUGGAAGACCUGUAACUCUCACUCUUACUCUCUCUUGGUUUGAACACUGGUCCAAAUAAAGUUGAACAAAAUUAAAGAUACAGUAAAGGCGUAGUGUAACUUCAGUACUGCUUAGAUAAAUUUGAAAAAUGCUUUUCUCCUGGCAUGUAAAUAAACACGAUUUACUGUUAAACUUGUUAAAAAUUGAAAUAAAA